AGCCGACCAGAGCCGAGGUUUAUGUUGCUGCUCAUGUGCGUCCAAAUGGGACUCCAUUGAAUGACAAAGUUGCAAAGGUUAUUGAAAAAAUAAAUGAGAAGAAAACUCAAAUAGAGCGUACUCAUCAUGAUAGUCCUGGACCACAUGAUAUACUAUCACAAGCACUCGGAGAAGACAAAUAUCAUCACUCGAGAACAUUUGGAUUAGGGUCAGGUUGGGGCAUAAAGAGUUCUCGAGUGUCAAUAUUAAAGAAAGCAUUAGAGGGGAAAAGAAAUGCCGAAGAGAAUGCCGAAAAGAUGAAAGGAGAACUGCAUGAGGUGAGAGUAGAACAAGGAAAAAUCAUGACUUUGCUGCAUAAACUUCAUCCAAAUGUGAGCAUUGGUGAAUUGCUAGACUCAACAAUGCAGGUACAUCCUCUUCUUUAACUAGUAAUUUGAAAUAUUAUGGGUUACAUUUCUUUCAUUAACAUGACUAUAUUCAUUUGAGCUAUAGGACCAUGUAGUGAUCGAAUCGGAAAGUAAUGAGGAUGAAAUGAGUCCCACUGGAUUUGGGAGAGAAGAGGAGAACUUAGGGAGGAGUCCACUGCUUUCCAUGUUGCAAGACACAACUCCACAAAGAACUAACAGUCAAUCAAAUGAGGUUUCACCAAAUCAUAUUCUCCAAACUUAUCUGCCUCAUUACCAUGGUUUAUCAUCUGAAGUGAACUCUUCUCUUAUACAAAACAAGACUUCCCAAAUGCCACCAAACAAGACAUUCUCGUUUUUGGAUUCUAUUUUGGAUUCAUCUCACAAUGGUGGUUCCUCUACCCAAUCACAGGGAUUAGAAUUUGCAAUAUUGAAGAGCUUGUUAAGUCCUGAAGUUAAUGUGGCAUAUGCUAAUAUCAUGACAAAAGAUCCAAAGGGUUGUGUGGCUGGUCAAGAAUUGGGUCGUGGAUUUUAUGAAGUAUUCAUUCACGUCCCUUUUAAAAGUGACGAGCCUUUAGUACGACUAUAUGGAAGUUUUCGAACAAUUGGGGAUGUGAUUGGAAGGAGUAUCGCUUGGCCAUCAUCCUUGGUCACAUUGGCGGACACCCAAUUAUUUUGAAGAUGCUCAAUCAUAUUGCAGAUAUCUGCUACUUCAUCAAGUUUGGAGAUUAGUUAUAAUAGGACCAUUUAGUUUUUAGUGCUAGUUUUAUUUAUUGGAAUUGAAUAUUAUUUUACUUUGUUUGAAGGAUUUUAGUGUUGGUACACGGUUCACAAAUGGUCUUUUAUGAUUUAUAUAAUUUU